UAGUAGAUUUUAUUUUGUGAUUGCCAGCCAACGAGUUUGGACGCAUAAAUUAUCAUCACUGCGCCCCGUGGAAUUUUUUCGCACAAAUAGCAACAACAACAAAAUGUCGUCCACAGCCGUUCAGCCACCCCCGCCCGUUCCCCCGCCGCCACCAUCGGCCGCCCCUUCCGCCGGAAAGGGCAUCCACUCCAAGCUGUACAACGGGAUGAUUGGCGCCGCCGACAAAUUUGUGCCCGCCAAGCUGCGGCCACUGUGGAUGCAUCCAGCUGGUCCCAAGACGAUAUUCUUCUGGGCACCCGUCUUCAAAUGGGGUCUCGUUGCCGCCGGCCUGAGUGACUUGGCCCGACCGGCCGACACCAUCUCCGUGUCUGGAUGCGCCGCCCUGGCCGCUACCGGCAUCAUCUGGUCGCGUUACUCGCUGGUAAUCAUACCCAAGAACUACAGCCUGUUCGCCGUGAAUCUCUUCGUGGGCAUCACGCAGGUAGUGCAGCUGGCACGGGCCUACCACUACCACCAGAGUCAGGAGAAGCUGAAGCAGGAGCAGCAGCAGCCGGCGGUGCAAAAUUAGAUACAUAUCGAAUCGAAUACCGGUGCUGUACCCUUUAUAUAGACUUUAAUCGAACUGUUAUGUACAUACAAAUUCCACAACGCACAACGUAAACGAAAGGAUUAAGAGAAAGCUGUGCUCGCAGAUCGCGCCAACCUGGUUUUACAACCUGUUAACCAUUAUUAUUUAUGGUACACCGCCUUAUCGACGUGAUUCGUAUUACUUAAGUUGUAACUGUGGAGGCUUUGCGUAUAGUUAAAUCGAAACGAGAAUGAUAAAUCAAUACAUUUUAAGACUUUAGUCACUAGAUAAACGUA